CGUACCAUCAAGCGAUUGAGAUUCAUCAACUCCGAAUUUUAUUCCUUUUUUAUAGAUUUCAACUGUACAUUCUUUGACAAAAUCAAUGCAUCGUAGACUUAAGAAAAUGUGUUUCAACUGAGUCGUUUCUGCUUCAAACAUGGCAGUACUGAGCACGGAAUAGACUUCGUUUUAUCACUGAAAUAGCGGCUUCAUCUGAUGUAUAGUUUAUACCUUUUAUUAGGGACUGUUAUGUCCUAACGUAAAAUGCUUUAUAGACUAUGGCAUAAAAUCAAUAAAAGCAAAAACGACGAAAAAUGAAAAAAUCUAAACGGCGUUACUGAUCCUUUUGCCAGUAUUCUUUUUCGUUACUUAAACAUGUACUCUUGCACGUUGCCUAAUAUGUAGUCAGUACCGUGAACGUUGGCGCCAGUUUUGCCGUAUCUAGUCUGCCUACGGCAGUCUUUCUCAACGACAAAUUCAUCUCUCUUUCUUAUAAUCUUGCACAAUUUGUAUUAAUCGUCAUUCGAAAGCCUCUUCUUCUACUCUGGCUCGUUAAAAAAUUGCAUACGUUUCUUCUUCAAAAUAAAUCCAAAUUGAAUAUACAAGUGGUUGAUCCUAAAUCCAAGGUGCAAAAUAAAGAUACUAGGACAACUAUCGUAAUUACGAUCGAGAAUACGGAUUAUAUUUAACUACAAGUCACAUAUUUCCUUUUUUGUACUGACAAACACUCAUCUACGACGUAACAUGAAUGUUGAUGCAAUUUUUAAGGAAUCAAACGGUCCAUUAGACAAAAAAAGGAAACUGGAAGAUGGUCGUUAUGUAGGCGUUGACGCUGAAAAUCAUGAUGGUCAUCCCGAACAGGAAACAAAAUCCAAAUCAGAAGAGGAAUAUGACGAGGAAGGCGGCCGUUUUUUCGGGGGAGGUUUAACUGAAAAAGAGGAGAAGGCCUUGAACUUUUUAAAUACAGUUGAUGACGGUGACAAUGAACCUACUUUUGACGCUGCAGCCCUUAAAAAGAAAAUCAUUGCAUUGGAAAAAGCGUUAAAUAAAAACCAGAUGCUAAGAACAAAAUAUCCAAAUGCGCCGGAGAAAUUCAUUGAGUCGGAGGCAGAUCUUGAUGCAGAGAUACAUGGUCUUACUGUUCUUUCGGAAUACCCAGAACUUUAUUCAGAUCUUGUUCAACUCAAUACAACAAAUACGCUGUUUGAGCUUUUUGGACACGAAAAUAUUGACAUUGUGAUAGCCAUCAUUGAUUUACUUGUUGAGUUAACAGAUGAAGAUGUUGAACCAGACUCGUUAAUUAUCUUGCAAAAAGAUUUAAUCGAAAAAGGCUUAUUCUCUAUAAUAACGGAAAUAAUGAAACGAAUGAACGAAGAAAAUGAAGAUGACGCCCAUGGUGUGUUUGCUUCGUUUCAGUUGGUUGAAAACCUGGUUUCCAUUAAUGCAGAUGUUUGUGAAGAAAUUAAAAAUACUGACUUGAUUCAGUUCUUACUCAAUCGCGCUUCAAAACAAGAGGCUACAGUGUCAGAGAAUCUGCAAUUCUCUGUUGAGCUAUUGGCAGUUCUUUGUAGUAAAUCUCCUGCAAUUCGAGUUUCAAUUGUUGAGAAGAACGGAAUUGAAAUUCUUCUAAAUCGCAUCAGUUUGUAUGCAAGAAGAAAUCCUGUUCCGGGUCUGGAAGCCGAACUCAUGCAAAAUGCAUUUGAUGUCCUGUGCUCUGUAGUUGAGGAGCAACAGGGAAAAAUGCAAUUUCUAAAAGAAGAGGGUAUAGAGCUUUGUCUGCUCAUGCUUCAACAAAAGAAACAAAGUAGAAAGCCGGCUUUUAAACUGGUUGAUCACGCACUUUUUGGACCCCUUUCAUUACCUUUAUGCAAUCGGUUUGUUGAGUUUGGAGGUUUAAAGUACCUUUUUUCAACAUUCAUGAAAAAAAUGGAGGCAGAAAUGCUCGAACACAUCUGCGCUAUCAUGGCCUCUUUAUUUCGGUCAUUAGCUGCUGAUACCCCAGAACGAAUUCGGUUUCUCGCUAAAUUCGUUGAAAAGGACUUUACCAAAACAAAAAAACUAGUGGAUUUCUAUAGCAAAUUAAGAAAGCCAAUUACUGAAAUUCGGCAAUCAGCAAAAGCACAAACAAAUUUAGAAGAGGAUAGUCUCGCGCUCUUUCUAAAACAAAUUGACAUGGGCCUGUUUUCUUUUCAGUCUAUAGUUGUCAUCUUGGCAUGGUUAUGCUGUGAAGAUUCUGCCAUCUGUGAAUGCAUAUCUAACAGUCUCAAAGCUUUUGGACUUCAGUUACAUGACUUGCUCAGCGACCUUCAAGAUUACUUUGAGAAUUUCGCUGAGUCCCCAGAAACAAUUAGCGACGAAAAAUCCGAAGAAAGCAUUCCUCGCGUUGAUGAGAAACCGAUGGUACAAACUUUGCUCGAGAUUAUGCAAAUUCAAGUACAUGAAUCCCAAGAAACUAAUAGCGGCAGGUCCGCAUGAAGUUAAUUGCUAUAUUCUAAGAGUAUAAAUAAAAUUUUGUUUUAAGUUGACUAUAAAGCAAAAAUGAAAAAGAGAGGACAAACAAAAAACGGUGUAAGUACAUUAUCAUAAGGGAGAUGCGUGUUCUGGAG